AGGAGAAAUGAAAGAGAGCGAAACAGGGUGAAACAAGUCAACCUGGGCUUCGACCGACUCAGGGAGCACGUGCCUCAAGGUCGUUCGAACAAGAAGCUAAGCAAGGUCGACACCCUGAAGGCUGCCGUGACCUACAUACAACAACUCAGACAGGUACUGGGCAUAUCC